CCUAAAAAUCCGUCGGUUUUGUUUAUUCUCCUUUGGAAUUAUAAAAAUUUCGAAAAUUCUCCACAUGAAUCAGUUUAAAGUUAAAGUGAUAAUUCAAAAUCUAAUGAACAGUAUCUUAUUAAACGUUGAGUGAAUAAAAUUCGAUGUAUAUAUGAGAAAUUUUCUGUAUUUCAAUCGUGUGUAAUUCGUACUGAAAAGGGCUUUCUACUAGCCCUAUCACGUAUCCAAUUUACUUAUGGACUGCUUAUUUGUAACUGUACUGUACUUAUUGAGCAUAUGUGAUCAGCAUACAUGCGUGGUCAGUGCAGAAAUAGUGAAAUUGUAACGAAACCCGUAACAUGGGUGACAGUGAGGCUGGGCCUUCGCAGGGCUCUAGCGGAAGCCAAAGUGUCGUGAUACCGGAGUCCCCGGGAAGCCCUAACAUAUUGGAUCCAGACUCGCCGGGCAGCCCACAGGUUGAAGUAUGGGAAGGGCCAGACACGCCGGAGGCGGUCGACGCUGCCGACUCGGACACCGACACCCAGGCAGGCGGGCCCCCUAGCGUCGACGACCCCCCUCGAGACCCCAGCGACGACAUCACCUCGGACUCAGUGUCCACAGUAAACUACGACACCGAAAGCAGAGACACCGACAGGUACGACCGCCCCAGCAGGACUGUCAGCAGGAACACAGACACGGACACUGACACUGACCAGAACACUGACAACGACAGGAGCGAACCCACCAGCAGGAGUGAAGAGAGCAACGCACCAAACGUACCUGGAGCCUCUUCCAAUGAGGAAUCAAAUAGUGUAGGGUCCAUACCAGAAGUCCAAAGCCAAGUGAGGAAACACAACCAAUGCGACUACGAACCGCCAGCCAAGGUCAGGAAGCUGAGUCAAAAGUCAAACGACGACUUAGACGGCGAAACCUGCCCGAUCUGCUUGGACUCCUGGGGCAACUCUGGAGAACAUAGACUAGUUGCUUUGAAGUGCGGUCACCUGUUCGGCAGCCAGUGCGUCGAGAGGUGGCUCCGAGCGCAAACUGUGAAAGACCGAUCCUGUCCCACUUGCAAAACAAAGACGGCAAUGAAGGAUAUCCGCCCUAUAUACGCGAGGAAACUCGUCGCGGCCGAUACGUCACAGAUCACGACUCUCCAGAAACAAAUGGACGCGUUACAAGCUGAGAAGAGCAGAGUGGAACUGGAACUGCAGAAGACGAGGAUAGCCCACCGCGCAUGCGUCAUGCAGCUCGAAGUCUUACGCAGCACGCUCAUGAAGGCACAAGUACCAAAAGAACAUCAGAUAAGAAAGUCAUGGAGGUUUGCUUUGGAGAAGAACUUGGAAAUAUUCAAAGACGGUGGCUGUCGCGUCCUGACGUACAAUUGUAGAACUUACGAGCUCUACGUGUCGCAGAAGAGCAUGAACUAUUUGUUCCCCGGAUACGGGAUUAGGAAAGUCAGUUGCGUAGACUAUAAGCUGGGCCAAUUCGUGCAUUUGCACCCGAAACCGAUUAGGGACAUAACAUACUCCCAGCCGAGAGACUUGCUACUGAGUGUGGGCUUGGACAGCUCGGCGAGGAUAGUUGAGCGAGGGAUUCUGAGUGUCACGGUGCAAGCUGGCGUCCCUCUGUGGUCUUGCUCGUGGGACUACCUUCGAAGCAACGAGUUCUACGUGGGCGGGAUCGGUGGCGUCAUCCAUCAGUACGACGUGCGCAACCCCAGCACUUACAUCCAAAGACUGCAGGCCCCCGGGGACAUGUCUCCAGUAGUCUCCCUCUGUUCAACAGAGUAUGGCCUUUUGUCCUGCCAGUUGAACUCGUGCUGGCUUUGGAUAGCGAACAUGAGGCAGUGGGAGCCGAGAGCGCUGCCCAUAGAAGGGCCUUUCAUGUCCCUCUGUUACGACAACGAGUCCCACAGGGCCCUGGUCUCGUGCCGAGCCGGUGCCAACGGCGAGAGGUCUCGCCUCGCCCUCUGCAAGCUACGAGCGAGUGUUCCCACGGGAGACAUUGUCGUUGACGCGGAACAAAACUUCGCUGGCUCGGCGAGGACUUCCCUGAUGUCUCGAGCGAGCUUCGUCAGGGCCCCCGGCGCGUCCUGGAUAGCUGCACAUUCCGAAAGCGACUCAACCCUAUAUCUCCAUGGUCUGGACGGCGCGAGGACUAUCACCCUGCCCGCUUCAGAAACGGCGUUGGAUGUCGCCUCUGUUCAACUAAAUGGGGACACGCUAGUGGCGGGGCUGUCCGAGUCCCGCCUCAGGGUGUACAAAGCAGUGCCGACCAGCUCCUGAUGUUGUCAGUUUAGGUUACUUGAAGAUCUCUUCGUGUAAUCUAAACUCUGGUGUUUAAAGACUGAAGUGACGGUUUGAAGUGAAUAAACUAUGACGUGAGGUGAAGGUUUCUCAGUGUAGUGUCAAAUCGUUGUUGUGGUAGUUUCAGUUGAUCCUCGUAUGUUCUAUUGGUGAUGUGGCGUCUGUGUAGAUAGGUUAUACAAAACUAAUUUGCCGUUCCCACAAUCACAGUCACAUCAAUAUACGUCUUAACGCGCUUACGGGGCGUAUAAUAGAAGCUACUACACUGUUGUUGGGAGUUAAUUCUUCCACAGAGUGACAUUUACCCGUUUUUCUACUUUUAACAUUGGCGAAAUCAAUGUUGUGUUACCAUACUACUUAAAUCCACCCACGACUCACCUAGCGUCCUGUUAGCCCGACGUGAUAGCCGUAUCGCCGUCUAGGCUGCGUUUCCAUUGACGCGGAGCUGAGCGGAGAUGUGCAGGAAUCGACCAAUCACCGUGAGGGAGAGAGUGACAGAGCGUCUCUCUCGAACGCUGUGAUUGGUCAAAUCCGCACAUCACCGCUCUUCUCCGCCCAUCUCCGCGUCAGUGAAAACCCGGCCUAGUGGUCGAGCCAACUGUGUUUGUGAAACUGCGUUAAAGAUGAAUUAAUAACUCAUUGGUGCAAGUCCGGUCUACUGCUGGCCAUAGACCGUUUUGUAAUACUUGGACUGAAAUCCAAGUAUGCAGUGGAGCAGCAGUGGAGAAUGCUCCACAUUCCCUCCGGUGUUUAAGGGGAGGCCUGCGUCCAGCGGUGGCACAUACAUAGGCUGUUUAUGUUACGUUUUUCUGUGUCAAAUUGGUGGUUACACUUACAAUGAGGGAUUUUCCAAUCGGCGUUUCCCAAAAACACGAUAGAUGGCGUUGUUAAGUUUCUUCGUUUAAACUUCUAAUUUCGUGCAUAACUGACAUAUGCAUCGUUAAUCUUUGUUUUUGGGUAUAAAUGACGGCCCUUUUUAUUACACCAAGGUACAAUUACAUCUUCCACCCAUUAUUAUUCUGAUUAAAAUAAAGAGAAGCAAUUUAGGUAGCAACAUCAUUCUAUACAUGUGAUCCAAAUAGCAAGCAACAAUUAGUUUCAUAUAUGCUUCUGCCAUUACAUUACAUUUUUGAAUAAUUAUGUACCCCAGCAAUGAGGAAAUAGGUAAUUAUCACGUUAAAAGUGAACAACGCCAUCUAUCGUGUGUUUUGGGAACGUCGAUUGGAAAGUCCCUUAUUGCGUAUGUUCCGAAUUUGUACAAAAAUGAAAUUGUAAUGAAUGUGUUGUGUAUGGCGUGACACCAGCUCUUCUAACAAGCGUAACGUGAUAAAAUAAUCGAUCGAGUCGAUAUACAUUUUGUCGAAAUCUACAAGUUUGUCAUUUUCCCCAACAUGCAUGUCACGCUUGAUUAAAUUACCGUCACGAUAAACGUUUAUCACGUCGAGAAACCGGUGUAGCCAUUUUGUAAAAAAAUGUGUUUAGCAAAACGCUAUCUAAUUUUAUUUUAAGUUAUACCUGUCAUUUUCUCAUCCGUUGAAAAAGAAAGGGACGGGUAAUCGACAGGCAUAAAAUUUAUGGAAUAAACGUUAAUUCUAAGCAGAAAUCUAAAACAACCGUCUAAAAAUUUUACAUCGGCCAAUAACCAGAAUUAAGUUGAGAGCACACGUCAAACGGUUUGCAUACCAGCGAGAUAUUUUUUUGAUUCGGUCGGGUUAUUCAUUCAUUUACUCAUUCUUCCGAAAAUUAAGAGCUGUCAGUCAUCGGUCCAUUUCCUUUUCGGUGGAUAAGAAAAUGACAGGUGUAACUUAAAGUAAGGAGGUGUCUGCAGGAAUCGGGGCCAUUAUAUCGUCAAAAUCGAUAAAAUGACCGUGAUAAAAUUUUAUCACGAUGCGCUUGUUAGUCUUGCUGGAAAAUGUUUGUUAUUUUUUUUGUUGCCAUAUUGUUAUUUUUGUGUGCGAGGGAGUAUCUGAUGCCCAAAAUGUUUUCUUUUUACGGUGUUCAAUGAAUUCUGGUCAACUUAACACACGUCAAUGAAAGCUUUAUCACAAUCGGUUAAGUAAUUUUUCGUUGAAGCGACGAAAAUGUGUAAUAUUUAUAAUCGUAGACAUCUUAUGAAAAUAUUUGCUAAAUAAUGUAUAAAAUUUUUGCUCUAUGUCCAUUUUGUAAGUUUCAAUUAGAAAAGAAAAUAAAUAGCUUAAGAGGCCACGUCAAAGCAAAAAUAAAGUAUAAAAAAGCAAUAUUGCUAUUGGACAUUUGUUUGCAUUCCGCACUUAAGUUUAUAUGCGCAAAUGUCAAAUUGCGAUAUUGCUUUUUUAGAUGAAUUGUUUCAAUGUGGCCUUCUUAACCCCCUGAUCAGUAAUGGAUUCAACCGUAAUUAAUUGUCUAUGAUUAAUCAAUUUAACGGAUGUCAACACAAUCUGUUUCAAUUUAACUGAUAUCUUGAAUAAAUGUUGCCAACUUA